AUGUCUGUUCGUGCUCGCCUCCUCGCUUCUGCACAGGCCCUCUGCGACGCCUUCGCUAGCCAGGCCACCCUCGAUGACCUCCUCUCACACUUCUCUACCACCCACCAGAUCACCGUCAUCGAGUAUGGCGAGCCCUGUCUAGCACCGUUCCUCGGACGCCCCUUCACGGGCCGCAGCGGACCUACUUCCGUCUCCACCUACUUCUCCCUUCUCCAGAAGUACCUCAAAUACGAGAACAUGUCGUUCUCAGAGUGGGUCGUGGACACAGAGUCCCGCAAAGUGUGCACCAAGGGAAGCGCGAAGUUUACAUGGAUUGAAGGCGACGGCGAGGGCCAGGCUUGGGACGAAGAGUUCGUCUAUGUCCUUGACUUUGACGACGAGGGCAAGGUCACAGACUACAAAGUCUGGGCAGACUCAGGGGCUGCGUAUCUUGCUCGACAUGGCGAGCUGAGUACGAAGAGAAAGGAACUUGAAGCAUUGCAGAAAUAA